AAUGUUCCAAAUAAUAUAAUCAUAUGAACAAUAGGCAAGUCAUCUAUGGUCCAAAAAUCUUGAGAUGUUGAAGCAAAUUAAGAUUCCUAUCCUUAAAGAAAAUGAAGAUUUGAAAUAGACUCUAGAAACAUUAAAAUAAAAUGAUAUUCAAAAUAGUGUAUAUGGUCAAUUAAAAGAAUAUGAUUAAGUGUAAAAACCAAUACCUAAACUAAUUGAUUUAAAACAUAUCAAUAGAGAUUCCAAUUUUUAAGAAGAAUUCUUAUCAAAAGUAAAUGAAUUUAGUCUAUCCUGGCGACAAGAAGUAUAAUAGCUUAAAUAAUUAUGA